CAACAAGACUGGCUGACAGCAGCUGCGCUAGCUAUGAGGGAAGGGUGUUAGCAGUGAAUUAUUAUUUUUGUUUUCCAGUUUAUUAUACCUGUAUGGACAGUGUCGCCAUAUACAUACAUUAGCUACCUUCACAUCUUCAAACAAAUGAGAAACAAGAGCGCUGCCGUGGAUUUAGCCUAACUAGUAUCAACUGUCACAGCUUUGUGGCCACUGUCACGCCAUCAUCCUCUGGGACAUCCUGCUCCGGACAGGUGUUGCAUGAGGUUGCUGUUAAUCCACUGAAGCAAUGGCCAGUCCAAAUGAUCUGCAGUUCCAAGAGUUUGAGGAAGCAGCAGAGCUGUUGUCUGCGGACCCAGGGGCCUCCACACUCAGCAUGUCUGCCUCAAGCACCACUGCAGCAGGAGGAGGAGGAGGAGGAGGAGGGGGAGACGAUGUGAGACUAGACCUUUCAGACGAUGAGGAGGGUCAGGAGGAGAGCUCAGAGCUGUUAGGGGGGCAGAGAGCAACUGGGGGCUUCUGGACGUUUGAGUACUAUCAAUCUUUCUUCAAUGUGGACACAAUGCAGGUCCUGGACAGAGUUAAGGGGUCAGUGAUGCCGUUACCUGGAAAAAACUUCAUAAAACACCACCUGAGGAGUAACCCAGAUCUAUAUGGUCCAUUCUGGAUCUGUGUGACCCUGGUGUUCUCAGUAGCAAUCAGUGGGAACUUGGCCACCUUCCUGAAUGAGGCGGGGAACCCUGCCUACCACUACAGACCACAGUUCCACAGAGUGACAAUAGCUGCAGUAGUGAUCUUCAUGUAUGCCUGGCUGGUGCCGAUUGGUUUAUGGGGUUUCCUGACCUGGCGGCAAGGGGCUGAGAGGCAGAUUGGAGGUUAUUCCUUCCUGGAGACUGUGUGUGUCUACGGCUACUCCCUCUUCAUCUACAUCCCCACCUCAGUUUUAUGGAUCAUUCCAUUUGAGUGGGUGCGCUGGACACUGAUCCUGGUCGCCUUGCUGAUCUCUGGCUCAGUCCUGGUCCUCACCUUCUGGCCCGUUGUCCGUGACGACACCAAGGUGAUGGCUGUGGCUACAGUUGCGAUCAUAGUGGUUUUGCACACGCUUCUGGCUGUCGGCUGUAAGCUGUACUUCUUCCAGACAGCAGUCCAUGUACCAGCACCGGCCCCUACAAGCCCCCCGAUUCACAUAACACUGACCACCCAACACCACUGACCAAAAGGAGGACAUGAAGGGUGUCUGUUGUGUUUGGAAUCACAUGCAGAUAUGAAACUAUGUGUAAACAGGCUGCUUGAGGCAAUGUUGAUUAUUGCCUUUGUGUGACUUCUUCAAUGUUCCCCUGAUGAAGUUGUGAGUGUGUGUGUGGCUGUUUGUCUGAUUUAUGCUGAGGCAGUUCUACUGUGAUGGUAACAGUUUCUGCACUGCAAUCACUGGACAUUUCUACUGUGAUGUUUCGGGGUGUAGUGUAUCUAGUUAAUCGAGCAUGGCUUCCUCGGCACUGUGAUUCCCCUCGUUCCAUCAGCAAGACUUAAACACACGUUCGAAUGAAGAACAUCGGUAGAAGAGAAAAACCAUAUGACUUCUAAACCAAAUCAAUGCUUCUACCUGUCAUUUCUUCUUACAGCAUGUCGGAUGGACAACAACACAGGGAUGUAGCAAACUGUGCUCAUCCAAGAAAGUGAGGAUAAAGCAAGUAGUGUUCCUACUGUAAAGCACAGGUGAUACUGAUAUCAUUAGCUAUGGCUCUUUUAUAUUUACGUGUCUCAUUAAGCUCUGACAGUGUGACAGUGAACCAACACAAACAACCCCAGAACCCUUAAUCUGAAGCAGCUACAUGUAUUUUACUAUUUACACUUGUGCAUUUGUUGUAUAAUCAUAAUUACCAGCAGCCUUGUCAGAAAACAACAUUCACAUCACCUGAGUUGUAGAUGACAGUGAUGUGUGACAUUAAUGAUAUCCCUCACGCAGUGAGAAGAACUACAAGUUCAACAAACAACACUGACAAGAUGGCUGCACCAUCACUGGCUGUUACAUACAGAAUGAAGUACAAUAUUAAAACCAGUACAAUCAGUUUAUCUUUUACAUUGUAUCUGGUUUCACAUGUUAUCAAAUCGCAAAGUCUAACCACAUCACAGUAUUUAACUUAAGGCUGUGACACUGAUCUGAGUUUGACAUGACAAAGGGGAUCUGGCAUGAAAUUAGUUGCAAAAAGUCACCAUCUCGGCAAGACAAAUUGCAAUAACUUUGGUGAUUGAAUUCUGAAUUCUGAGCAAGGACCCUCAUCUAGUUCAAUUUGUCUUGUUCUUUGGUUUAUGACCAAAUGCCUGCCAAAUGAAUCACCACCACCAGCUUGAACUGAACUUUGUGUUCAGACAGAGCAAGAGUGCUAAUUAACAAAUGUUAACACGAUAACAUGCUAAAUUAAGAUGAGAAACAUGGUAACCCUGAAGUGGAAGUUGAUCAUAAUUGCACCUCAUACUCACAUUAUGAAUGUUGUAAAGCAGGGUUGGUCUCUCCCAGCAGCUGCAGGAUUCAGCAAAUGAUGCAAAAAUUUCAAGAGUUAGCAGAUGUUCAGAACUGGAUCCAGCGACUUAAUUCCCAUGAAGCAACUUGUCUCAGUCACAGAUGUGGGAAAGGAAGCCAUUCCAGAUGGUAGUGCAAUUUCAGUGAACUAUGACUGGAAAGGGGCCCCUGUCGGUGCAACACACCACUUCUUCUACCCAUGAGAAACAUGAAGGGUUCGGCCUCUUAAUAAGAAGACUUCAUUUACUUUUAUUCCAUUUAGGAUUUAUUUUAAGUUGAAUAGGUUUAUGUUUGUAGAACUAUUUAUUCCCUUCUUAAUGAUCUUGGUGGGUUUUUUGUUAAUAAACUUAGUAUCUUGCCCUUAA